AUGUUGGGUUGGGUCCAAAGGGUGCUGCCUCAGCCUCCAGGGACCCCUCAGAAGACUGAGGAGACAGCAGGACCACAGCCAGAAACAGAGUCGAAACCAGAGGCCAACCCACAACCGGAACCAGAACCUCAGCGGGAACCAGAGCCAGAACCAGAGCCAGAACCUGAACCUGAACCUGAACCAGCACCUGAAGAGGCUCCACCAGAGGUCCAGGCCCUGCCACCAGAGGAGCCAACGGAAGGAGAGGCUGAGGCUGAGGCUGAGGCUGGCCCCAGCCUUCAAGAGACCCAGGUAGCUGACCCUGCUCAGCCCACCUCCCAGGCCCAGGUUGCUGUUGCCAAGGUGAACAGGUCCAGCUCCUGGAUGUUGAGUUGGCUCUGGAGAGGUGUGCAGAAGGUCGUGCCACAGCCUGUCUGCAGCAAUGGGGACCAGAACCUGGCUGCCGGAGAGCGAGACCCAGAUCAGGGUGGAGCACAGAUCCCAGAACCCUGUGGCACUGGGGACCCAGGAUCUGCAGAUGGCUCAGAUAAAGCUUCUGGGACUCAAGACACUGAGCCCAGCCUGUGGCUGCUCAGGUGGCUUGAGCAGAAUCUGGAAAAAGUGCUGCCCCAGCCCCCUCCGCCUUCCCUGGCCUGGAAAGUUGAACCUGAGGCUGCUGUCUUGGAUCCAGAUCCUCCAGGAACUCCUAUGCAGACGGAGCCCACAGAGAGCCCCUCCCAGCCUAAUCCUGGACCCCUGGAGCCUGAGGAAGAGCCAGUUGCAGAGCCCCAGCCUGGCUUCCAAUCCUCUUCCCUGCCACCACCCGGGGACCCCAUCAGGCUGAUUGAGUGGCUCCUACACAGACUGGAGAUGGCCCUGCCUCAGCCCGUGCUCCAUGGGAAGGCUGCAGAGCAAGAGCCUGGCUGCCCUGGGAUGUGUGAUGUACAGACCAUCAACAUCCUCCCCGUGGAACAGGUGGAGCAUGAUCUUGUCCUGGAGGAGGUGGACUCUUGCUGGGAGGAUGCCCAGCAGGAAGAUGGCACCAGCCCGCAGGAGACAGAGGUGGCUCCAGCUCAUGAAGAAGAGAGUGAGGCCAUAGUGGAGAUACCCAGGGAGCUGACACAGAUUCAAGAAGAAAGAGAAGAUGAGGAGCAGGAAGAGGAUGAGGAAGAGAAGGAGGAAGAGAAGAAGAAGGGGGAGGAAGAGGAGGAGGAGGAGAAAGAGAAGGAGGAGGAGAAGAAAGAGGAAGAGAAGGAGGAGGAGAAGAAGAAAGAGGAAGAGAAGGAUGAGGAGAAGGAGGAAGAAAGGGAAGAGGAAGAGGAGGAGAAGGAAGAGGAGGAGAAGGAAGAGGAGGAAGAAGAAGAGGAGGAGGAAGAAGAGCCUAUUGUCCUGCUGGAUAGCUGUUUGGUGGUGCAGGCUGAUGUGGACGAGUGCCAGCUAGAAAGGACACCGUCAGAGCUAGCAUCGAUCCAGGAGUUGCCAGAAGAGAAAGAAGAGAAGGAAGAGGAGAAAGAGGAGGAGGAGGAAAAGAAGGAGGAAGAAGAGAAGAAGGAGGAAGGGGAGGCCACAAACUCAACAGUACCAGCUACAAAGGAGCACCCGGAGCUCCAGGUAGAAGACACGGAUGCUGAUAGUGGCCCCCUCAUCCCAGAGGAGACACUCCCUCCACCUGAGAGACCACCACUGUCUCCUGUCAAGUCGGACACCCUCACAGUUCCCGGCGCUGCUGCACCAGGCCACAGGAAGAAGCUACCUUCUCAGGAUGAUGAGGCCGAAGAGCUCAAGGCCCUGUCACCAGCUGAGUCCCCAGUGGUUGCCUGGUCAGACCCCACCACCCCACAGGAGGCUGAUGGCCAGGACCGAGCAGCCUCCACCGCCAGCCAGAACAGUGCCAUCAUCAAUGACCGGCUCCAGGAGCUGGUGAAGAUGUUCAAGGAGCGGACGGAGAAGGUGAAGGAGAAGCUCAUCGACCCUGACGUCACCUCCGAUGAGGAGAGCCCCAAGCCCUCCCCGGCCAAGAAGGCCCCAGAACCAGACCCAGCCCAGAAGCCGGCGGAGGCAGAGGCGGCAGAGGAGGAACACUACUGCGACAUGCUCUGCUGCAAGUUCAAGCGCAGGCCCUGGAAGAUGUACCGGUUCCCCCAGAGUAUCGACCCACUGACCAACCUCAUGUACAUCUUGUGGCUGUUCUUUGUGGUGCUGGCCUGGAACUGGAACUGCUGGCUGAUCCCUGUGCGCUGGGCCUUCCCGUACCAGCGGGCAGACAACAUCCACUUCUGGCUCCUCAUGGAUUACUUGUGUGACUUCAUCUACCUCCUGGACAUCACCGUGUUCCAGAUGCGCCUACAGUUUGUCAAAGGCGGGGACAUCAUUACAGACAAGAAGGAGAUGCGCAGUAACUACCUGAAGUCUCGCCGGUUUAAGAUGGACCUGCUCUGCCUCCUGCCCUUGGACUUUCUCUACUUGAAACUUGGCAUCAACCCUCUCCUUCGCCUGCCCCGCUGCCUGAAGUACAUGGCCUUCUUUGAGUUUAAUAACCGCCUGGAAGCCAUCCUCAGCAAAGCCUACGUUUACAGGGUCAUCAGGACCACGGCCUACCUGCUGUACAGCCUGCACCUCAACUCCUGCCUUUACUACUGGGCAUCAGCCUUCCAGGGCAUUGGCUCCACUCACUGGGUUUACGAUGGAGUGGGGAACAGUUAUAUUCGAUGCUACUACUGGGCUGUGAAAACCCUCAUCACCAUCGGAGGACUGCCCGACCCCCAGACGCUCUUUGAGAUUGUCUUCCAGCUGCUGAACUAUUUUACCGGGGUCUUUGCUUUCUCUGUGAUGAUUGGACAGAUGAGAGAUGUGGUGGGGGCCGCCACAGCGGGGCAGACCUACUACCGCAGCUGCAUGGACAGCACAGUGAAGUACAUGAACUUCUACAAGAUCCCCAGGUCUGUGCAGAACCGUGUCAAGACCUGGUAUGAGUACACCUGGCAUUCGCAAGGCAUGCUGGAUGAGUCAGAGCUGAUGGUACAACUUCCGGACAAGAUGAGACUGGACCUGGCCAUUGAUGUGAACUACAGCAUUGUUAGCAAAGUGGCCCUCUUUCAGGGCUGUGACCGGCAGAUGAUCUUCGACAUGCUCAAGCGGCUUCGUUCCGUCGUCUACCUACCCAAUGACUAUGUGUGCAAGAAGGGGGAGAUUGGCCGAGAGAUGUACAUUAUCCAGGCGGGGCAGGUGCAGGUGCUGGGCGGCCCAGAUGGGAAGGCUGUACUGGUGACACUCAAAGCCGGAUCGGUGUUUGGAGAAAUAAGCUUGCUGGCUGUCGGGGGCGGCAACCGGCGCACGGCCAACGUGGUGGCCCACGGCUUCACCAACCUCUUCAUACUGGACAAGAAGGAUUUGAAUGAAAUUUUAGUGCAUUACCCGGAAUCUCAGAAGUUACUGCGGAAGAAGGCCAGGCGCAUGCUAAGAAAUAACAACAAACCCAAGGAGGAGAAGAGUGUGCUCAUCCUGCCCCCGCGUGCGGGCACCCCGAAGCUCUUCAAUGCUGCCCUGGCUGCUGCAGGAAAGAUGGGCCCCAGGGGAGCCAAGGGCGGCAAGCUCGCCCACCUGAGAGCCAGGCUCAAGGAACUGGCUGCCCUGGAGGCAGCCGCGCGACAGCAACAGCUGCUGGAACAGGCCAAGAGCUCGCAAGAAGCUGGGGGAGAGGAGGGCUCUGGAGCCACAGACCAACCUGCACCCCAGGAACCACCAGAGCCCAAGGACCCCCCGAAGCCACCAGCGCCACCAGAGCCCUCAGCCCAGAGCUCUUCACCGCCAGCCUCAGCAAAGCCCGAGGAAAGCACGGGGGAGGCAGCAGGGCCCCCGGAGCCCUCGGUGAGGAUCCGCGUGAGUCCAGGCCCUGAUCCGGGGGAGCAGACACUGUCGGUGGAGGUGCUGGAGGAGAAGAAAGAGGGGGCGGAGUGAGGUGCAUGCAGCGCCCAGAUCCCAUCCCCAGUCUUUGAACCACCCGCCUCACCAAGCGUCCCAGCCAAAGGGCGCCUUCUCACAGGCUUGUAGAAACGCUCACAUUUCACCUGGUGGUAGUGAUGCCCUCGAGCUCCUGCCAUUCCCGGAGCACCCUGCUCCCCUCCUGAGGUUGCUAUAUUCAAGAAGAAAACCUGCCUUGUACUUCUCAAAGAUUUGAGGAGAGAAUAAAGAGGGC